CCCAGCCCAUCUCACACCUCCCCUCCAGUCAUCUGUCCCCUGGAUGAACUCACUAUGAAUAAUCUCAAGGCAACACACACACACUCUCUCCGAACAGCACACACACUCCGUGGCGCUCACCAGACCAGCCAGCAGCUUUGCUUCAUGGCGGCGAGUCUCACCGGAGACCGGAUCCAACCAGGCUGUGAUCUAACCGGACGGGCGCGAUCUGCAGAGGGAUUCACCAUGCUUUGGAAGAGAGCGCUCUCAGUGGUCCUGCUAUCUGUGGCUGUGGGGAUCUACCUCCUCCCCUCACCUAUAGACCCUCAGCCUUACGUAUUCAAAGGACCCCCUCCACUCCUGGAGGGCCCACUGGCUGUCAACACCAGACUACAGAACGGACGCAGACUGUUCACUGGACAACUACAUGGACCAGAAUCCUUCACUGCCGACCAGGAGGGUAACGUGUACACAGGGACGGUGGAUGGGAAGCUGUGGAGGAUCCAGCAGGAGACUCUAACCCUCAUCACCCACAUGGGACAGGACUUACAGGAGUGUGGUAGCAGCACAGACUAUGAGCCAGUCUGUGGUCGUCCUCAUGGCGUGCGGUUGGACAGCGGUGGUCAGCUGAUCGUAGCGGACUCCUACUUUGGACUGUUUUCUGUUGACCCCCAGACUGGACACAAGACCCUGCUACUAGACAGCAAGACAGGAGCUGACGGGGUUCCGUUUGCAUUCCUGAACGGGUUGGAGAUCUCCUCUCAGACUGGAACCAUUUACUUUACUGACUCCUCCUCUCGCUGGGGACGACGACACGUCAAGCUUGAGGUGAUAGAGACCAACGCUCUGGGUCGUCUCCUGACCUUUGACCCUGUGUCAGGGCAUGUGCGUGUCCUGCUGGAUGGUCUCUACAUGCCCAACGGCAUCGCCCUGUCACCUGACGAGAGCUUCCUGCUGCUGGCCGAGACCAGCAUCGGAUGCAUCCUCAGGUACUGGCUGAAAGGCCCCAAGGCUGGCACCAAGGAGGUCAUCAUGAGCAAUAUGCCCGGUUACCCUGACAACAUCCGUCUUAGCGACCGUGGAACCUUCCUGGUUGGCAUAACGACCACACGCUUCAGGAAGCUCAUGCCUCCAUUCCUGGACCUGAUUGGUCCGUACCCAGCGGUCAAACGCUUUCUGGCUAAG